AGCCUACCCUGAAAAUAUCGAGUUUCUAGGUCUAUUCAGAUCAGCAGUUAUCGUUCGUCAGUUGAGUGUGUUAUCAUAGAAAAAGCCUUGAAAAAAUUUGUAUUUAGUGCUUCGAAUUUGAUUAGUCUUCUGCUUUCUCUCGACGGUGCUACAAUCAGUGCUCAAUAAGUUAUUGAAAUGGAAAGGUGGCAAGGAAAAAUAGCUGUAGUUACUGGUGCCAGUGCUGGUUUGGGAGCUGCCAUUUCGGAAAAAUUGGUCGAAGAGGGCAUAAAUGUCGUUGGGUUCGCUAGACGUAAAGAAAAAAUUGAAGAAUUAGCCAAAAACAUAAAAAGUAAAAAUGGCGCUAAAUUACAUGCCCUUAAAGUAGACGUAACCAAUGAGGAAGAAGUUGUGAAUGCCUUCAAAUACAUUUCCGAAAAUAUUGGUACCGUUUCGAUCCUAAUCAACAAUGCAGGAAUUGUUCAACUAACUACUCUUAUUGAUGGGGACAGCAACCUUUGGAAAAAAGUUCUGGAUACUAAUGUCCUUGGUCUGUGUAUUGCCACUAGAGAAGCUGUCAAGAUAAUGAUGAAAAACAACAUCGAUGGACACAUUAUCCACAUAAACAGUCUUGCUGGGCACAGAGUUCCAAAAAUCCCUUACACAAAUGUAUAUUCAGCAUCCAAAUAUGCAGUAACAUCUCUGGCACAAACGUUAGUCAAUGAGCUGAGAUCGAAGGGUAGCAAAAUAAAAGUAACUAGUUUGAGUCCUGGAUACGUUGAAACGGAAAUAGCUGAAGUGAAUGGAUUUUUGAUGAACGCAGCUGUCAGAGAACUAGAAGCAAAAGCUCCAAGAAUGUAUCCAAUAGAUAUUGCCAAUGCAGUGGCUUACGUCCUCAGUACACCUCCCCAUGUUGAAGUGACCGAAUUGUCUGUGCAACCUGUUGGAGAAUUGUCAUAAUAGAAAGUUCAAGGAUCAACAUGGAUAAACUAAUUCAUUUUUUGAAUUAUUAUUAGAUGAAGCAAAUUUACUAUAUUUAACUUGUGAGGAAAAAAUAAUUUGUUUUCAAUAGAUAGGUAUAUUACUUAAUAUAAUAUAAUGAGAUAAUUGCAUAAUAUAAUAUAAAAGAGAUAAUUACAUAUUAUAAUAUAA